UUAUUUGCAAGAUUAUAACCUAUUUAUUAAUUUUGGGAGAUGACCAACUUUUUGUAGUCUCUGGUUUAUUUAUUUUGCUAAUUAAAACGUCACGUGAGUUAAGCCCUGUUUUUGAAAUUUAGCCAUAAUAACUGGGCAUUUCUUCAAAAAAAUAAGAGACAGAUGUCUUUCUGAUGUGUUUAGUGAAUAUGUUCCACGAUUUUUGAAUAGAAAUAAGAAAUACAGUUUCCAAGCAAAGUGGGUUGGGCAUUCAUCUUACCUAUUUUAUCAUCAUCUAAAGAGUUUUAAAAUGCAAGUAAAGGAACCCAAAAGAAAAAGGAACCUGCAACUUAGUCCUACGGCCCCUUUACCUGUAAACAAUACAUCUACUGAUACUUCUAAAAUCCAGUGUAACUUUGAUGGCUAUUCCAUAGUAGUUAACGACAAAGAGCACAUGAAAAAGUUAUAUAUGAAUGGUUUCUUUGGAAAGAUGAAUUUAUCAAAAAAUUUUCAUUCGUUCGAUCCUCAUAAAGGUGAUAAAAUCAUUCGCAAGCGUCAGUUUGAUUUAAGAAAAAAAAUUGCUAGCAGAAUUAAAUCGAAAUCGCAAUUUAAAAUUAUUGUCGUCCCAGAUAGUGAUUCAGAAAAUGACGACUAUUUUUCAAACUUAAAAGCAGUAUAUGAAAUAGAUAAUGUUUGUAUAUCAGAGAAAUUAUUUCUCGGACUAGAAGAAGCGUUUUUUCUAUUAAACGGCCUUAACUGCAUAGAUAUUUUUGCGGAUAAGGGACUGUUAACAACUGAUGAAGCAUGGACGUUAUUUUCAAGUACAGAUCAAUAUUUUGUUCAAAACUAUGUAGUAUAUCACUACUUUAGAUCUAAACAAUGGGUAGUUAAGCCAGGGUUAAAAUUUGGUGGUGAUUUUUUACUUUAUAAGGACGGCCCUUCAGUUUAUCAUGCUUCAUAUGUAGUUAUAAUUGAUGUUGUUAAUCCCGAAAAUUUAGAAAGACGAACUAGUUUAUGUAGACGCAAAAUGAGUGUAAUUGAAAUUGUUGGAUUAAACAGACUGUGCGAAAAUUGUGGAAAGGAAUUAAUUAUUUGCCAAUUAAUGUGGCCCGAAAAUAUUACUGGAAGAAAAUAUACUGAUAUUCAAGACAUAUCAGUUAAUGAAACACUAGCAAGGAGAUGGAUACCAAGUAAAGAAAGAGAUAAUGGAAAAAAAGAAAAAACUCAAUAAUAAUAUUGUAUUGUUUAUUUAUUUUCUACUGUUUAUCUGAAUAUA